GUCCAACGUCGCUCGCCGUAUUGGAUGCUAUCGUCAUCGCUUUGCUUAUGAUUUUUUUUAUACUCGAUUGGUUAAUUUUAGCAGGAUUUAACCGCAUAAGCUAUACUGUUUUGAAGCGAUUCAUCUUUGAGCUUAUAAUGCAGCCGGAAACCUCGCAACAAUAAUAUAUUUUUGUUCCGAUGUACUUGUUUUGUCGAUUUAAGUAGACCACGCCUACAAAGAGAGGUAAACAAGCGUGUAGCCCUCGCCAGCUAACACCACAGCAGUAGCAGCCAUUAGUUUAUUUACCUUUCUAACGUAAAGUAGCUAUAUUUUUUGGUUGGAAAGUAGAUAUAUACGUAUUUCUAACCAUGAAUUGUCGAUCAGAAGUCCUUGAGGUAACUGUCGAAGCGAGGCAAGUAGAAGAGUCUAUGUUGGCUCUGCUUCAUACCAUUUUACUGCACCGUAGCACAGGCAAAUUUCAUUACAAAAAGGAGGGCACCUACUCCAUUGGCACAGUGGGCACGCAGGACAUAGACUGCGACUUUAUUGACUUCACAUUUGUCAGAGUCUCAUCAGAAGAGCUGGAUAGAGUCAUAAGGAAAGCGGUGUCAGAGUUCAAGGAUGCUCUGAGUGUUUCUGGCUCUGAUGGCAUGGGGCAGAUCUGUUUGGAGUUUUACCAGAAGAAGAAGUCACGAUGGCCCUUUUCAGAUGAGUGCAUCCCUUGGGAGGUGUGGAGCAUCAAGGUCAAUGUUGUCAACCUGGCCAAUGAGCAAGAGAGACAGAUCUGCCGGGAGAAAGUUGGUGAGAAGUUGGGCGAGAAGGUCAUAAAUGUGGUUGAAGUCAUAAACCGACAUGAAUAUCUGCCAAAGAUGCCCACCCAAUCUGAAGUCGACAAUGUGUUUGAUACCAGUCUAAAGGAUGUUCAGCCAUAUCUUUACAAAAUCACGUACCAGAUCACAGAUUCUCUUGGAACCUCUGUGAGCACCACCGUGAGAAGGCUGAUUAAAGACACUUUGGCCUUGUGAGGACACCCUAGUGUUGCAUCUAUGUAAAAACUGUAUAUAUCUUGGACAUCUGAUCUGCACCUGGUGAAAUCUGACAUUUGACAAAUCUGUGUAAGAAGAAAAUAGUUAUUCCUGAUUAUGUGUUAUUUAUCAAGUUAAAUUUGAAAAGGCUUGGAUUUAUUUUUUGAAAUUUGUCCAUGUUGAACUCUUAUGCCAAAAAAUCUGAGGCAGUGUGUCCUAAAUAGAAUAGCCUAUGUGUUUUAACCACACAAUGACUCCUUUCUAUAACAAUCUAAUUUGGAAGCAUUAAAUUGUAUAAUUAUAAACUUGAACUUGGUGUAUUUUUGUUAUCUAAACUAAACUACGCAUUAUAAGUUAUAUAGAGAAAAAUGCAAAAAUAUUCAUGAGCAUUCCCAUGUUAGAACUAUGGAUAACAAACCAUUUCCUCAUCCAUGAGAUGGUUUCCCCUCUUCAGAGUUUUAUGGAGCCUGUGACCUGACACUCUGACCAGGCAGGAUUUCCAGUUUGUAUUUUUCCAGUUGAAAGUCCGCACUUACACGUUCCAGCCAGAAACACAAAACAGUAGAAACAAGCUUAAAAAUGGGUCUCAUCAAUAUCACUUUAUUACA